ACUUUGUUCCUAAUGAUUACAACAAUUACGGCAAUCAAACUGCCGGCUACUACUACAUUCAUCAAAACCCUGAAGACAACAAUUACAUUCAUCAAAGCCCCGGAGACAACAAUUACAUUCAUCAAAGCCCCGGAGACAACAAUUACAUUCAUCAAAACCCUGGAGACAAUAAUUACAUUCAUCAAAACUCUGGCGGCGGUAAUUUAAUUCAUCAAAUUAAUUUUUCCAAUCAAAUCCCAGGCAUUAGUUUCGUUGGCCAAAGCUUCACAACCAACAAUAAUAACAACGAUAUUGUUGACCAGAAUCCAUCUAUUACUACAAACAUUGAUUAUCCGAAUGGUUGUUUUGACAAUAGUUUUAAUCAAAAUGUUCAUCAAAAUAGUGAUUCUCUAGAUAAAGGAAAAUUAACAGUUAGUAAAUUGACUACGUCAGCAAAAACAUUGUUUAAUGAGGUAAUAUCCACAACCACCACCCCAAAUUUAGAAAAUUUUGUAAAUAAUAAUAGUAAUGGUUUUAUAAAACCAAGUUCAUCAUCCAUAAUAAAUAAUAUUAAUAGUAAUGGUGGUAGUAGUAUAUUUAAACAUCAAGGAUGGAAAGAACAUAUUUCAAAUCAAAAUCAAAGUAAUAGUAAUAAUAACAAUAAUGAUUUAUAUUUAGAGGAUUCUAUAUCAGAGUUUCAAAAAGAAGGUGAUGAUGACGGAAGAGAAAUUAUUGAAUUUUUAAAUUCAAAUAAUUACACAAGUGAAAUAUAUAAUAAUACUGUAGAAGAAGAAGAAAGAGAGAUUGCUAAUAUUGAUGCCAAUGCAAGUAGUCAUAGUUAUAAUUAUAAGGACGUUGAAGGAUUUUUAGAGUCUGAAGAUAUUUUGGAAUAUUUAAAACAAACAAGAUAUACAGAUGAUUUGCAAGUAGAUACAGAACAUUGGAUAUCAGUACGUGGAGAAAGAAGAAUUUCUGAUAGUUUACUUCAAUGGCAUUCAUCGCUAAUAACCGAAAGAAUAGAUACAAAAGUGAUAAAGACGAUAAAAAAUAGUUAUUAUAUAUUGGAAGGAGAACCAUCAUUAACUCCAAUGAUUGAAGAUGGUCACUCAGAAUUUAAAAAAGGUUUUCCCGAAAAUUGGAAAGAAGCAUUGAUUCGUGAAUAUAAUCAAGAACCGUUUGAAAAUCUUGAAGAUUCAUGCCAAAAAGCAAAUGUACAAAUUGAUAUUAUUGGAUCUAAACUCAAACUUGAUGAAAAAUUGAGUAAUGAUGAUGAUGAUGAUGUUAAGAAUGAUACCAAUAAUGAUAAUAUUAAUUAUGAUAUUAAUAAUGAUAUUAUAUUUAAUGUUAAUUGUGACAUUAAGCAUGAUAAUAUUAAUCAUAAUAUUAAUCAUGAUCUUAAUUAUAAUGAUAGCAUUGAUAUUAAUAACAAAAAUGAUGAUAACAAAGUUGGCGAUAAAGAAGAUAAUGAUAAAGAAGUUGGUGUUGAUGUUAAUCUUUAUGAGGAAAAGAAUGAAAAAACUGUUGAUAAUAACAACAAUAACAACAAUGGUGUUGAAAUUGAAGGUAAUAAAAGUUCUGAAUCUGAGGGAAAAACCAAAUCUGGUCGUUCUGUUCGACCUCCUGGUACAUGGUGGAAAAUAAAACACACAGUUAAAGAGAAAGUUACAAAAUUAUCAAGACCAAGAAAACAAAAAUCUGCUGAUUCCAAUUCUGAUUUAAGUGGUUAUGACCAGACGAAUAAAAGUAAAAGAAAUGUAUAUUCUUUUAAUAAUGCUAAGCGUCAAAAGCUUUCAAAUGUGUUUGGUGAGAAAGUUCCCAAAAAUGAAGUUUAUGUACUGGUUCCACCACAUCAUCUUUAA